GGUGCGCCUGUUCCCUGGUGCCGCGGCACCCGCCGAGCCCCAAGCUGAGCCCCGCCGAGCCGAGCCGAGCCGAGCCGAGCCCAGCCCAGCCCAGCCCCGCUGAGCCGAGCCGAGCCGAGCCGAGCCGAGCCCAGCCCCGCUGAGCCGAGCCGAGCCGAGCCGAGCCGAGCCCAGCCCCGCUGAGCCGAGCCGAGCCGAGCCGAGCCCCGCGGAGCCGAGCCGAGCCGAGCCCGUGCCGUGCGGCAGCGCCAUGGGGCCGCGGGGCCAGGCCGAGCGCUGGGCGCUGCUGGUGCCGCUGGCGCUGCUGGUGCCGCUGGUGCCGCGCCCGGCCGCCGCCGCCCGGCCCAGCUUCGUGCUGCUGCUGGCGGACGACCUGGGCUUCGGGGACCUGGGCAGCUACGGGCACCCGUCGUCCGCCACGCCGAACCUGGACCGCAUGGCCUCCCGCGGGCUGCGCUUCACCAGCUUCUACAGCAGCUCGCCGGUGUGCAGCCCGUCGCGGGCCGCGCUGCUCACCGGCCGCUUCCAGACGCGCUCGGGGCUUUACCCCGGCGUGUUGUACCCCGGUUCUCGCGGCGGCCUCCCGCUCGCCGAGGUCACCGUCGCCGAGGUGCUGAAGGCUCGGGGCUACGCCACGGCCAUGGUCGGCAAGUGGCAUCUCGGCCUGGGGGUUAACGGCUCCUUCCUGCCCGUCCACCAAGGCUUCGACCACUUCCUGGGGGUGCCCUACUCCCACGACCAGGGUCCCUGCCAGAAUCUCACCUGCUUCCCACCUGACACCAAGUGUUUUGGGACCUGUGACCAAGGCUUGGUGCCUGUCCCACUGAUGUGGAACCAGAGCAUUGUGCAGCAGCCAGUCUCCUUCCCUGACCUCGUGCCUCUCUACAACAAAUUCGCCCGGGACUUCAUCGCUGACUGUGCCCGACGAGGCCUCCCCUUCCUGCUCUACUACGCCUCACACCACACCCACUACCCGCAGUUCGCCAGCCGGGCGUACACGGGGAGGUCCCGGCGGGGGCCCUUUGGCGACGCGCUGAUGGAGUUCGACGGCUCGGUGGGAGAGCUGCUGCAGGAGCUGCAGGAGCAGGGGCUGGCAAACACCACCCUCGUGUUUUUCACCUCUGACAACGGGCCUUCCACCAUGCGGAUGGCACGAGGGGGCAGCUCUGGCCUCCUCAAGUGUGGGAAGGGCACGACGUACGAGGGUGGCAUGAGGGAGCCAGCAGUGGCUUAUUGGCCAGGCCGCAUCGCUCCAGGAGUGACACAUGAGCUGGCGAGCACCCUGGACAUCCUGCCAACGCUGGCUGCCCUGGCUGGAGCAGCUCUCCCCAGAGUUACCCUGGAUGGCUAUGACCUGAGCCCCGUGCUGUUUGGGUCGGGGCAGAGUCGCCGGCAGACCAUGUUCUUCUACCCGCCGUCCCCCGACCCGCUGCACGGCCCCUUCGCCGUCAGGCUGGGCAGGUACAAGGCUCAUUACUUCACACAAGGUUCCUUCCACAGUGACACAACCCCAGACCAGGCCUGCCACGGGCUCACCCCGCUCACCCCUCACUCCCCCCCACUGCUCUUCGACCUGGAGUCUGACCCAGCUGAGAACUACGACCUGCUGCAGAGCAGUGCAGGGCCUGAGCUCCUGCAGGUGCUGAAGGAGAUCAAAGAGCAGAAAACGCUCUUUGAACAGCACAUGGAGUUUGGGGAGAGCCAGAUGGGGAAGGGCAGGGAUCCGGCCUUGCAGCCCUGCUGCGUGCCCAACUGCACCCCAAAGCCUUCCUGCUGCCACUGCUCCUAAGCCUCCUGCUGCUCCAGCUGCUCCACACUGGAACCCUGUCCCCAAACCCACCGGAUCCUCCACUCCCAAAUAACGAAUCUCAGCCCUGGAGCUGCCCUGCAGCUCUGCCUCAGGGACACCUCUGACUAACAGGGUGUUGGGGUAGCAAACAGGGGGGUUGGGGUGCCCACCAGCCUGGGGAGGGCUGCAGGUCAGUGGACCCCUGUGUUCUGUGUUGGACCUUCAAGCUGAGGCCUCUUGACAGCCUGACUUGUUCAGGGGGGGCCCAUGACACAGCAUCUUCUGCAGAGCCAGAGCAGCUCCUCCCAGACUGUGACCAGGGGGCAGCAAGGGCCCAGAGAGCCCCCUCAGCUGAGGUGUCUGUGCAGCCCAGGCUGGGGGCAGAGCUGCCAGCUGCAGCACCAUCAGCUGCCAGGGCCCACAGCACAGCAGGAGGAUGGGACGGGUGGUCCUGGCAGCUUUGAGGCAGGUGCCCGGCUGGGAGGCGGCUCAGGGGCUGUGGGAUGAGCGCUUCCAGGUCUGCAGCAGUGGGAGGUGUGGCUGGUGGCUCACAGGCAGGGCCCUUGGGUAAGGUCUCUAGAUGCUAUCAGGCCAGUGUCACCCCAAGGCUGAAAGGGUCUCUGACUCCUCUUGCUUCUGAGCAAGUGGCAGAAACAACGGGACAAACUGACAGCAACCCCCCUUCCCUGUGCCCUUGUGCUGCGGGAGGGGAGAGAGAAAUCAGCAGCAGAGUUGAGCCUGGGAAGAAGGGAGGGGUGGGGGGAAGGUGUUUUUAAGCUUUGGUUGUCUUUGUCCCUCUCUGA